AUGCUGCCUGGUCGGCCGCCGCUGAAGCGGGUGCGCCUUUACCCCGACCCACGUGCCCCGGCCGCGGCCGGCGGGGCGGCGGCGGCGGCGGCGGCGGCGGCUCUGACGGCGCUCGGCGGCACCGUUGCCGACUACGCGGAGAUGCUCGAUGCGCUCGACGACGCGCUCGACGUCUCCUCGCCGCUGCGCGCCGACUCGCCGGUCUCGAUGCAGGUUCUCGUCGCCGCAGCGGCCGACCGUUCGCAGCUUCUCCUCAAGGCUGAGGCGCUCGACGACCUCGACGCAAUCAAAGAGAAGGUAGCGGACCGCACCGGCUGGCGCGAGCGGCGCGCCGCGCUGCUGCUCGCCGUCGGCCGGCACGGCGAGGCGGGCGAGGAGUACCUCGCGCUGCUGAAGCGCAACCCGGAGCACUUCGGGUGGCACGCGGGGCUGCAGGCGGCAGCCCACCCACUAGCGGCCGAGCUGCAGACGGCGACCCCGACCGAGCGGUGGCUGAGCGCGGAGGUGACGGCGGAGGCGGAGGCGACGCUGGCCGCGCUGUACAGCAAGCUGCAGAAGGCCUACCCGAAGAGCCAGGCGUGCAUGCGGCUGCCGCCAGCGUGCAUGCGGCUGCCUCUCGACUUCACGCGCUCGCCGCCCGCCUUCGCCGCCGCCCUGGACGCGUACGCGCGCAGCUACGUGCGCAAGGGCGUGCCGUCGCUGUUCGCAGACCUGAAGCCGCUCUGCGCCGAGGGCGCGUGGUCGCGUGUGCUCUUCGGCGAGCUCGUGGCGGGGUGGGUGGGCGCGCUGGAGGCGACGGGCGCCUUCCCGGACACUUGCGAGAAGGAGCCCCCGUCGACGCUGAUGUGGGCGCGCGCGCGCGUGUACAAGCACGCGGGCCACGCCUCCGCCGCUGCUCGUUGGAUGGAGGAGGCGCGCAAGAUGGACCUCGCCGACCGGUGCGUCUGGUUUGAGCUCGAGCUGGCGGCGUCCUACCUGCGCACGGGCGACUACGGCCGCGCGCUCAAGAAUUUCGCGCACGUGGAGCAGCACUUUGCAGACAUUGGCGAGGACCAGUUCGACUUCCACACCUACUGCGUGCGCAAGAUGACCCUCCGCGAGUCCGUCGAGAGCGCCCCCUCGCCAGCUGGCCGCCGUGAGGAGCGCCUCUUCACACCUGCAGCUGUGAACAGGUACGUCAAGAUGGUCCGCUUCGAGGACACGCUGCACGGCCACGCCUUCUACGUGACCGCCGCGUGCGGCAUCAUCGACACCUACCUCCGCACCCGCGACCGUUGGGCAGCUGUUCACACGCGCAGCUGCAUCGUCGACACCUACCUCCGCAUCGUGGCCAAGCCGGCGCGCGACGCGGCGGCCGCCGCCGCGGAGGAAGCCGGCGGCGGGCUGAGCGUGCAGGAGCGUGCAGAAGAGCUCGGGCCAGCUCGGGCCAUCUCGGGCAAUCUCGGGCCAUCUCGGGCCAUCUCGGGCCAUCUCGGGCCAUCUCGGGAGCGGAAGAAGGCCGAGUCCAAGCGGCGCAAGGCGGAGGCAAAGGCGAAGGCGGAGGCGGAGGCGCAGGCGAAGCGCGACGCGGACGCCAAGGGCAAGGACGGCAAGGGCGGCAAGAAGGGGGGCGGCAAGGAGAAGCCGCCCGACGACGACCCCUACGGCGAGGCGCUCGCGUCGGUCGAGGCGCCGCUGGCCAAGGCGCGGGCUGGGGGCGCGGCGGCGGGCUACAUGCGGACGCUGCUGCUCCACGCGCCGGCGGAGCUGCGCGUGCAGGUGCUCGCCUGUCAGCUGGCCAUGGCGCGCUCAAAGCCGCUGCUCGCGUUGCGCGCGCUGCGAAAGGCGCUCUCGCUCGGCGCCGCGGACGCGCAGGUACACCGCAGCGCCGCCCGCUUCCUCCACCUGUACCGCGCGGGCGGCGCGGCGCUGGCGCCUGCGGUAGCGACGGUGGUGGAGCGGCACAGCGCGCAGAUUCUGGCGGCGGCGGGACUGCCGACCGGGGCGACGGCCGAGGCGUACAACGACGCCUUCCUCGCGCGCGCGGGGGGCGGCGCGGCUGCGGCGGCAGUCGCCCACGCCGAGGUGCGCGCGCUCGUCGCCCCCGCGCAGGCGGCCGCGGCUCGCGAGGCGCUGGCGAGUCUCGACCUGCAGCAGGCCAGCCUAGCGGUGUGCAAGGAGGCCCUCGCCCUCCUCGAGCCCGGAGGCGCGCUCGCGGACGCCGCUGCCGCCGCCGCCUUCCGACAAAAGGCGGUGGCGCGGUUCCCGCACGCGCCGGCCUUCGGCGGCGGCAGCGGCGACGAGCCUCCCCCGCCGCCGAGCGGAGAGUGAGCGCGCGGCGGGCGGGAGGGGAGCGUUGGGGGGGGGAUGCGGAGCCGGCCGAUCGGAGUGGUCGUUCUCUCUGACGACAUUCGGCGCGCCCGCCUGGCCCCUGCUCCCCUCCUGCGCCCGUCCAUCCUCCGGCGGCUCCGGCCGACGCCGCGCCGAGGCCGUGGCGCCGCUGUCGCCACCGGGCCGGGGGACCGGGCCCCUCGCAUGACGCUUCUCUUACCGUCCUGGCACGCCACUACACCGGGACCGGGGUUUACGGCGACCUCUCGUCCCUCUCCAUCUCUUUUCUCACCCGUCCGCUCUGCAGAUCAGCGGUGUGUGUGGCGAUCCUAUCGCCCUCGCAAAGAGAAGAUAAUACAGACGUGCUGUUUUUUCUCGUGCAGUUGAGGGGGACACCCGCCUCUGCUCUAUACCUAAU